UUGGAAGAGCGGGCGUAUAAAAAGUGACUCCCUAUGCUCGUGUUUGCUUCAGUUGAGCUUGACGAAUCGUUCAUUGCUAGUUGACCGUAGGUGGAAUAUAGGUGGAUUAUAGCGUAUACAAAAUGAAGUAUUUGGCAGUCGUUUGUGUCGGGUUGAUGUGUUGCAUGAUGGCGUUGGCUCAGAGUACACCUCGCCGUGAUGCCGAAUAUCCACCGCCGGAGUUGCUGGAGGCGAUGAAACCGCUGCACGAUAUUUGCGUUGGCAAAACUGGUGUUACUGAGGAAGCGAUCAAAAAGUUCAGCGACGAAGAGAUCCACGAGGACGAAAAGCUCAAGUGCUACAUGAACUGUCUGUUCCACGAGGCCAAGGUGGUGGACGACAAUGGUGAUGUGCAUCUGGAAAAGCUGCACGAUGCGCUCCCCAACUCGAUGCACGACAUUGCGCUGCACAUGGGCAAACGAUGCCUCUAUCCGGAGGGUGAAAAUCUUUGCGACAAAGCCUUCUGGCUCCACAAAUGCUGGAAGCAGUCUGACCCGAAGCACUAUUUCCUAGUGUAAGCUGUGAGGUUAAAGUGAGGCCACGAGACAGGAACUGCUACCAGCCAGACCAGACUCUACCGUGUGAGGAUGUGCAUCGUGAGUCGGUGCGAUUGAGUGAUCCUUGCUCGCUACCGGCUAAUCCUGCUCCGGUGCUCCGGUACGGUUUUUUGGCAUCCCGGUUCCGUGUCGGUGGUACGGAAUUAGUAAUUAACCUAUUUUUCCUGCUUUCCGCAUUGCACUGCACGUAGUGACGUUUCAACCGACCUGUGACUAACCAACUUCAACGCCACCAUUUGAUGGGUCGUCCGGUGGCCCUUGCAAACGGGUACGAAUGGAUGAAAUUCAAAAUUCCCAUCCGAACUUUCGGUGCAAAGUUCUUACCUUCUCCUACUAACCUCCGCCCCUUCCUUCUUGCUGCGAACGGGAAUUUCUUUUCCUGACCAAAAAAAAAGCUCAAAAAAAAUAAAAAAAAGGAUGAAAAAACCAAACCUA